UGUUGGUGGCGCGCUUUCCUCCGCUAUAACUGGCUGUCUUUUUUAAGGAUGAAAAAUUUGUUUGGAAACCGACUCUAACAACAUCUAAGAAAGGGUUUGCCAAAAUGAGCGGCCUCCUAAAUGAAAUACAUCGCAUUGCCACUGAUAUACGUUCAGAAAAGGCACCCGCCCGUAAUAAAGCCAUUGAGCAAUUUGAUCAAAAGCUUAAUAGCUCCAAAGAAGCCCUAAAUGCACUGUUCCAGGACAAAAAAACUGAUUUGACUUGGACCUCUGUGUUCGAGUCGGCGAAAGAGGCAAUAUUCAAGCAUGCAGGCAAUUUACAAGAUGCUCGGGAAAAGACCUUUAAGUCUCUGGCAGACAAGAACUAUUUGUAUGGAAAUGUGCUGGGAAAGAUAAUUAACUAUAAUUUGGAAGUCGGCACAACCACUACGGGACACUUUCUGGCUAAGACAACAGUUUUUAAUGCCUUCGAAGAGUUCAUCAAGACACGCAUUGUGGUGAAACAUUUUGGUGAACGCAUUCUAAAUAUUCUGGAUAGAGGAAUUUACCUCUCCCCCAGCUAUGUCCGAGAGCUGAGGGUCAACGAAUACAGUCGAAUACUCUCUUAUUUGUUUGAACUAAACAUUGAGAACGAUGAGUUUCUGCGCUCCAAGCUGUUAAAGUGCAUCACAAAGACCUUACAAUUGGCCAAGGAUCGAGUGCAAUUGCACAAUGAUUUAGUAGAAUAUCUGCCAGGACUAGCAUACUUUGCACAGACAGCGAUCAACUCCGAAAGGAAAGUAGAAAUCGUUCGUCUAUAUUCUAUUUUUGUCUCCGAGCUUUCUGUGAACUAUCAUCAUCGUUUGUGCCUGCAUAUACAAGAAAUUUUACCAAAACUCUGUGAAUUUCAUAAUGAUGAUGUUUUUCGCGAUGAUACAAGAAACAUAUUCUUCAAAUCUGUCAUCCAUUCGUUGAAUUCAAUGUACCCAAAGCUGAAUCUAUGCGAUUUUACCACAUUUCAAGUGCCUAUCAAUGAAAAUUGGGCGCAAACUAUGUGUAAAUUAAAGUCAAUCGUUUAUAUGGAGAUUAAAGCGAAUUCGCUGCAGCGCUACAAAACGGCGCAAUUGAAUAAUGACAAAUUCAGCGAAUCCUUUAUUAAAAUGUCUGCGAUGAUAAUGUUUAUUGUUCUCUGGCAUAUUGAGGUCAAAGGUGCUGCCCCUGAUGCAGCAGGUGAUGUGCCUAAAAAAAUUCACCGACAAAAUGACCAAAUGGAAACAAUGUUUAAAUUGAUAGAUAAAAAAGAGGCGACUUUUAGUGAUAUUUGGUUCGCUAUUUUUGCCGAGCUAUUGCAACUAAGCGAUGGCAUUUUAAAUUUAGCCAAUUACCAACAGGCUCUGACAAUAACACUGGAUGUCUUGCAAAUGUACGGUAAUGCCAGAAAUUUGAAAAAUAUACGCCUAUGCAUUGUAAGCUUACUUAAGAAGGAGCGCAAUUGGCUCGAUACUCAAUCAUUACCACCAAAUACAUUUGGUGAGUUGUGGACACAGAUAACAACCAAUCUAAUAUCUGAUACCACGGCUAAUGGUGACGAGAUUCGGGAGAAACAAAUCAUAUUGCAAAUGCUAAUUAGGCAUGGCAAAUUGGACCCGAAAGUUGUCAGAAACUUAUUGCAGACAAUUACCUCGAAUGAAGUUUUGAAACGCAACGAAUGCAUAGCCACCAUACGAGAGAUUUUCAUUCGUUCGCGGCUAUGUGGUCUGGACAAGGCCUCCUCUGUAGAGUUUAAACCCAUUGUUGAGUGGGCCUAUGCCAGUGGCGAGAGAAGCACCGCCACCCAAGCGAUACACAAUAUUGCUGCCAUUGAUGCAAAACUUUUGGCGGAUACCUUUAGCAUCAGUAUAAUUAAUUUUCUGGAUGAACAGCAGCUUCAGCAACUUUGCAAUCAGAAUGCAGAUGCCAUUGGAAAUGACUCCGAAUCAGAUCACAAGAUGUUAUCUUACAAAUACAACAGAAAACUAGUUUGCUUGGAUAGAGAUUUUCUUGGCCAUUUUAAAGCAAAGAACAAUUUAACAACUGAAACGAAUGGCGCAGCAAAAAACUGUCUAUACCAAAACAAUUAUGAAUUCCUGAUGCGCACUCUUAAUUUUCAAAAUGCUAACGAUAAUCAACCAAGAUCCAUGCUCAAGAACUUGAAUAGUCUUCAUAAGCUUGUCUGUACAAUGGAACGUCUUUUAAACUAUAAAGUUUUCGAUGAUGCAAAUUUCACCACAUGUCCAUUGAUCAAGAGAAUUGGCUUGUUCCUUAGUCAUAUUGAAUUCCAAUACAAAGCUAAUUCGCCAGUAGCAAUAAGCGAUGCAGAUCUACGUGAUAUUCUGCGACUGCAGAUUGCUGUUUUGGAUGUUUUUCAAUCAAAUCAUGUACUACUCAACUAUCUGGAAAAUCAGCCAAUAGAAAUGUUAAUUGAGUUCGUUGGUGUCACUCUAAAACAGAAUUCCAUUAAAAGGGAACGCGCUGAGAAUCACGACUUUGAUACCAUAACAGGGCUAUGCCUGCAAAUUUUAAGUGGUUUAUGUGCAUCCAAUUCGCAUCGCGACGAAGCCUUUGAUCAUUUAGCAAAAGUAACGAUGCGCUGGCAGCCUAAGGACAUUCUAAUUGUCACCAAGAUGUUUUGCAGUUGCAAUAGCUUAUCUGAUGCUUCUUGUAUUUGGCUGGUGGAUAAACUGAAACCUGUCUUUCAGCAUCAUUACCAAGAUUUGGAUAUUAUAAGUGAAGUUGUUGAUUAUUUGCCAAAAAUUUUUUAUUUUGUCUAUAAUAUGGAGCAUCAAUUGGAUGAUAUGUUUAUGGCCUUAAAUUCAUUGUUGAAAAUUGCUCUAAAGAAGUCCUAUACAAGUCAAUUGACAGCCAAAAUCUUGUAUUGUGUUGGACAAAUUGCACAGCGUUGUCGCAAUAUAUAUGCCAUGGAAAACUUUGGUGUUAUUUGUAAAUCAGCAGCGAAAUUUAUUACAAUGCCAACGCUAGAUGUGCGCUAUGCAACUCUCUGUACUUUAACCAUUUUACUGAAUACCGAAUGUGUAGCUGGCGAUGCCAUCAAUGAUGCCCAAGAUCAUUGGACAUUUUGUGACGAAUUAUACACAAGCAUUGACUUUAAAAAGUUCUCGUUUGACGACGAGGAUAUGAUGCAGAACAGUCACUCGGCAAUGUUUCAAAUUUUGUUAGCCAUCUUUGCAUUUAGUUCGUUUCAUCAGGAAACUGCUUUGAAGCAACUAUUACAUUUUUGUGCUCUUAGAAAAUUAAACGAAACUGAUUUCUGUGCCUUAAAUUCUCUUGUACCUUGCCAUAACCGAACAAUGCGUGAUCUUUUAAGAACCUAUGCCAAUAUGAUGCUUCAUAAGUGGUGCUCAAAGGGAUGGCCUGUAUCCAAAUUCCCCUUUUUUCUGUGUUACGAUACGAAAACGGAUUUUCGCAAAGCAAAUGGCAAAAGCAUCAUGGCAUAUACAAUUUUAUAUGCCAAGCCUGAUGAUAUUCAGAGAUAUAGAAAAAUAAUUAAAGAAGAGGAAGCUCUGCCCCUAAUCGCUGCAUAUGUAAUGCCAGAAUGCAGUAAGUGUGAGGAAUUUCAAACUCCUGCAUAUCAACAACACUAUAGGAAUCUGGUUAACAAUCUGAAUGAGCUCAAUGCCAAGGAUAUUGAAUGUAAUGCUUUAACAAUUUAUAAUCUAAUCAGUUUGCUUUUUGAUGCUGAGGAAAUGGUCAAAUUAUUUGGUGAUUCGGUGCCCUGGAUCAACAGUCGGGAAUGGUAUAACCUGACAACAGACUCAUUAUUUAAAAGCCUAAAUUGGCACAUUAAUCAGGAGUGUAAUAGUCUCAAUAAUAACAUUGAAGAUCUAGGUGUCAAAGUUAUGGCCACGCUUCAGACCAAACAUUCCAUUGUAUUAAUUGAUCUCUUUGGCAUAUUGAAAACGAAUUGUUACACUGCAGUCUUUACCAGUCAAACGUUACAUUCCCUAUUUCAUUAUUGUGUCAUUGCAAAUGCCGUCUACGACUCGGCGCGAAUGCUAGAGCAUCAAACUACCAAGGAUAAUAGUCAUCAUAUGCAAAGCUCGUAUUUUGUGCGAGACAUUUGGUACUUUCUUGUCAGAUUUCUUAAACAUAGACAUGCCUACAUGCAUUCAGAUUUGUCUACAAAUGCAGCUCAAUGUCAGAUAGCCACGCUGGACUUUUUGAAAAUGUUGCUAGAAAAGCCAAAGUUUCAAACGGAAAGGUUUUCCUCACACAUGAAUGAAAUUGCCAAACUAUUGGUUAAUUUCAUAGUACAAAGCAAACAGAAACCAGUGAAGGACAAGGCUGUGGUCAUUUUGGAACAUGUACUAGAGGCAUAUAAAACACAAAUCAAUACGCAGCCACUGCUGGAGGAGUCAACAGAAUGUGAAUUUUUGAAAUCUCUACGAGAGCAAUUUAAUGAAAGUCUUCCAAAGACUGAUAAGGGCAAUGUCACCGAAUAUAUUCAAUCAUUCCUAACGAAUACCAGUGUGGAACGUUUAAAUGAUCUCAGGGAGUAUAUUUCUGAGCACAAGGAUAAGCUGCAGUCUAAUGAAAGUCUUCUUUUUGAUUUAAUUAAUCGCCUUUUGCGUUUAGCAAGAGACUGCCACAAUAAAAACACAAGUCUGGAUGCUCUUAAGUGUCUCGCUGAGAUUGGACCCAUGCAUUUAAGGCAUGUCUCUUAUUAUUUUCAAACCGAAUUUGAUACACUGCAGGAGUCAGAUAAAUUGCCAAUGGAACAGUUUCUGACCAUCAUCUGUGAAUCGUUCGAAAAGUAUUUAUUUGAAUUUGAUCCCAAAACUCAAGAAGCGCUUAUCACUGUGGCUAGAAAUGUAGUAAACAGCAAAGCAGGGAUCAAAAUAAAAAGUUUCUAUAGUAAUCUUCAGAUCUUUGUUGGUAAAUCAAAGGAUGUCAACUUUUUAAAUAAACCAAUAUCUACCAUUGAUUGGUUAGCUGCCCUAGAGGCCACUAAACAUUUGUCGUAUGAAUCCUGGAUUUGUGCAUUCAUGUCCCGUGUUUUUAAAGAAUGCGGUUGGCAAGGAUUUGAUAACUUGGCUGCCGAAUCAUACUCCUUCGCAGAAAUCUGUUUGCAGCCCUUCGUAAAGUUGUUGCUAGACAAUAAAGAGCAACACUUGGACAGUUUAUGCCAGAUGCUAGACCAUUUUUUCCAGAGUUUUGUUAGUCAACAAUCUAAUCAUGUAAUAUUCCAAGAAAAGCGGGCUAUUAAAAAACUACUGAAUAUCUGUGAAUGUAUUAGAACUACAAACAAUUGGUGCAUUCCCAUCGAACUUAGUAACGUUGUAUUGGCCAGUAAUCAUUGCCAGGCAUAUUUCCUAAGCGUUCUUUAUCUGGAACUGUGGGCCUGCUCCAACAGCGAGAAGUCAACUGCGGAAAUAUUAGCUAAUGAAACCUUUCAAGCAUGUGCAAAAAAGAGUUACGAAUCAAUUGGUUGUCUGGAUGCCAUUCCUGGGUUUCUAAAUCCACUUAGUUCCCGUGUAGACUUUCUUAACCAUGACAAUAACUUGUGUGGCAUAUUGCUGGAGUCGGACAAUUCCCAUAGACAGCUCUGUGUAGAUAUUAUGAAAAGCAAUGGCAUGUGGUCCUGGGCCCACUUACGACAGCAUCAAAAUCAAGGGACAGAGCGAGACUAUGAGAUAUUCUGGCGGCUAGGGCAGUGGAACGAAUUGGUCGAUCAUCAAAAUAGUCUAGGUGACAUUGGCCGGGCUUCUGUUAAUUUGGAGCAAGAGUUUAAGAAGUAUCACUACUUGGCCCUUAAGAGCAUUAACAAUCGCGAGGAGGAAAAUAGUCGUUCGGCCAUUGGAAGUGCCUAUCAAUGCGUAGUGGACAUUUUGCAGGACAUCAGUAUGGAGUGUCUACAAAUUGUGUACAAAUACAUGACCUGGCUAUGUACACUGACACAGGCAGAAGAUUUUUGUCAGAUUCAGUUUGCAACUCAAUUAUCCACUUCCAAUUUGGGGCAACUCUUUAACAAAUGGCAAACGGAACUGGAUCUGAAAUAUGGUAAUUUCGCUUGCAAAGAGUACAUUAUCUCACAUCAAAUUGCCUUAUUUAAGAUGGCCGGAACGCGAGCUAGUCGUAGGAUGCAAGGGUUUUACAAGGAGAAUCCCAUAGAUAUGUAUCUUCUAAAAGGAAUUGCUGAAUGUAAAAGUUCUGGGAAAUUAAAUCUAGCCAGCAAGUAUAUAGCCAUGCUACGCGAUCUAACUGGAAUAAAUAAAUCGUCCAAGAUAAGCAUGUUGUUAGAAGAUGCUGAUGUUAACAUAAGGACUGGUAAUCACAGGAUAGCCAAGGCCAUUCUAAAUCAUAUGGAGACAAACAAGGAGUUUAACUAUUGUUUACAACGUGUUCCAGCGUUGCGCAUGCAGGGCGAAUUUUUAUUGGACUCUAAUGCAGAAAGCCUAUCAUCUGUGCUUCAUUCGAAAUUUAAUGGUUCCCUCAAAUUGCUUAACGAUUUUGUCGAACACAAGGACACGUUGCAGGAAAAAUUUCCACAAAUUUUUAAAUGGCAAGAGUUUGCUGCUUUUGAGAAUGAGAAUCGUAAGGCUGCCUAUGCGUCAAUAGCCAAAUAUGCGGAUCGAGAAUAUCAACAGCUGCAUGACUAUCGUCAAUCGCAGGAUUACAAUACACUUGCCGAAAUUAUUGCACAAAAUCGCCAAGUGGCUGAUAAAGUGACUACUCGGGAAGAUCGCGACCAUCGCAUAAUUGCUGUACACAUGAAGCGUUUCGCUAAUCUUGAUGAGAAGGAGCUCCAGCGUAUUGAUGACAAUCUUACCGAGCACUUGUGCACAGCUGUCCAGAAUUACAUGGCGUAUUGCAAAUUGGAUAGCGGCCUUUCUAGCGCAGCCAUUUAUCGCAUCAUUUCUCUGUGGUUCACUAAUGCCCGGAAUAUGGUACUUCUAACAAAAUUGGAGAGCGAAAUUCAAACUGUACCCAGCUAUAAGUUUAUAUGUGCAGUUAAUCAACUGAUUGGCCGUUUAAAUUCCAAAAAUCGUGAACUGCUUAAAAUACUUGUCGAUCUGUUGGUACGCUGCGGUCAGGAGCAUCCUCAUCACACCUUCUAUCAAUUAUAUCCUUUGGUCUUUGCCAAAUUGGAUGGUGUAAAUAGUAAUACAGAACGUGAGGCUAUUGCCGGUAAAAUAAUUGCUAAGAUCCGUGAGAAUAAUCCAAGUGUUUUAGAGACUAGCAAACAGCUUGAGACCAUGUUUCCAGUCCUUAUUGCAUAUGCUAACCAUGACUCUGAAUCCGAGAACAAUAAGCCGACAGCAAAGUCAAUAGCUGAGCGCAAUAAGUUGCGCGAUUAUAUUCUACGUUUGAAGAAACUUAAUGCCGUACAUUGUCCCACAUUGGAGCUGCCUGUGUCACCUAGCAAGGAGUAUAAUAUAACCAGCAUUGUCAAGUGGACAAAUGAGUUUAGCGAUUGCGGUGGAUUAAAUGCACCUACUAAAGUCAUUUGUCUCUGCUCCGACGGACAGCUGCGAUCGCAAUUAAUCAAAGGCAAAGACGAUUUGCGACAAGAUGCUGUUAUGCAGCAGGUGUUUGGCAUUGUUAACGAGCUCCUUCAGCAGGAUUCGGAAUUUAUUGAGCGUAAUUUGCAUGUGCGCACAUAUAAAGUGACGCCGCUAUCGAUGCGUAGCGGCAUCUUGGAGUGGUGCUCCAAUUCCAUACCUGUGGGUCGCUAUCUGGUUGGCGAGGGCAAAAGUGGCGCCCAUAUGAAAUAUCGUCCCAAUGAUUGGAACAACAACAAAUGUAGAACUCUAUCGCAUACUCAUUUGCGGGCGCCUAAAGAUAAACGAUUUGAGAUCUAUAAACAGAUCUGUGAGCAUGUUAAACCUGUUUUUCAUUACUUCUUGCUGGAGAAGUUUCCCAUUCCGGGUAUAUGGUUUGAGCGACGCCUAGCUUAUACCAAUAGUGUGGCUACCACCUCUAUUGUGGGUUACAUUCUAGGAUUGGGUGACAGACACACUCAGAAUAUCCUAAUUGAUGAGCAAACCGCUGAAGUCAUACAUAUCGAUUUUGGAAUUGCAUUCGAACAGGGCAAAAUUCAGGCCACCCCGGAGACGGUUCCGUUUCGAUUGACCAGAGAUUUUGUGGCACCCAUGGGUGUUUGUGGUACAAAUGGCGUAUUUACCAAAUCAUGUGAGGCCACAAUGCAAAUUUUAAGGCGUUACAAGUCUGUUCUUAUAACCAUACUCGAGGUUUUGUUAUAUGAUCCCCUCUUUAUAUGGGGAGUACUUAGUAAGAAGAAGACCAACCAGCCAACUGGUGAGGAAUCGGUCAAUCUGGUGGCACAAAGAGCUCUACUCUUAGUACAAAACAAGUUAGAAGGCCGCGAGUCUGGCACUCUUGGAAACUCGAAUGUAGAGGCGCAAGUUGAACGUUUGAUAAAUGAAGCCACACUUCCCAGCAACUUGUGUAUGCUUUUUCCCGGAUGGGAUCCCUAUUUGUGAUUCUAUUGCAUUAGCUAAUACAAAAUACAUCACAACAGUUAUAUAUAUUUGUAAGAUUUUAUAAUUAAACGAAUGUUUCUACUUUCCUUUA